AUGUCAUCCAGCCAGGGUGUUAUGGAAGUCAUCUCCCCAACACCAAUCUACAUUGAAUCUUCUCAUUGUGAGUGCCCAUCCACCUGUGCCCAGCCCACUAUUGAACCAGUAAUACACAGCACUGCAGAAGGAGCAAGUGUUCUUCUAGUGGCUCACAGUAUUCCAGAGAAUCUUGAAGCCUUUUUAUGGUACAAAGGAGCUAUUGUGUCCAAGAACAGUGAGGUUGCCUGGCACCAUGUAGCCAGCAGUACAACUGUAUUUGGCCUUGGUCACAGUGGUAGAGAGAUAGUGUACAGUAAUGGAUCCCUGCUGCUCCAGAACAUCACCUGUAAUGACACCGGAUUCUACACCCUACGCACUCUGAAUACAGAUCAGAAAACUGAACUAGUACAUGUGAAACUCCAGUUUGACACCUGCAGGCUUCCUCCCAGUGCUGCUAAGCUCUCUAUUGAAUCAGAGCCACUCAAUGUUGUUGAAGGGGAAAAUGCUCUCCUGCUGGCUCACAAUAUUCCAGAGAAACUUCGAGCUUUUUCCUGGUCCAAAGAGAUAGACAUUGUCAACAGACUUAAAAUUGCAUCGAAGUUAACUGCUAAGAAAAGUUGGCUGGCACCCGCUUACAAGAAUAAAGUGACCAUGUACCCCAACAUAUCCCUGCUGUUCCACAACACCACCCAGGAGGACACUGGAUUAUACGUCCUACAAACCGUAAAUAGAAAGUUUGAAGUUCAAGAGGCACAUGUGUACCUCCACAUAUAUAAGCCUGUGACACAGCCAAUUCUCCGAGUCAUCAGCACUACAGUUACAGAACAGAGCUCUGUAGUCCUCACCUGCCUCUCAGGUGAUACUGGAGUCUCCUUCCAUUGGAUUUUCAAUAAUCACAGUCUGCAGCUCACAGAGAGGAUGACACUGUCCCCAACAAAGUGCCGACUCUUCAUCGAUCCUUUCAGGAGGGAGGAUGUUGGAGAGUAUCAAUGUGUGGUGUCCAACCCAGUCAGUUCAAAGACCAGUCUCCCACUCAACUUGGUCAUGAAGAAUGCGUGACUUCUCUCCUCUCAUCCUACAGAUUUGGGGCAUUUCUUUACUGAUCUGGUACAGCAACAAGAAAAGUUAUGAGGUGGAAAUGAUCGGUCACCAAUCACGUACAGCCAGCAUGGUGACUCAUGGCUGUAAUCCUGGGAUAAAUGUGUGCACCAGGAAAGGCUUUCUAAAGGGAAAAGAAGAAAUUAAUACAGUGAACAUAAUUGCAAGAUUUCAGAGCUUAGGUUGUGGAUCCAACAUAUAGAUAGUUCUCAGAAUUCAUGGAAGCCAAUUUCGUGAGCCCCCCAAAUUCUGGAUGUUCUGAUUCCCCUGUUAAUAUGGGGCAGUGUUUGCAUGGAGAUAAAGGCAUCCUCUCAUA